AUGGAAACUACAUCAACCACAGCUAGCAAAACCACAACCACAGCCCCACAACAAGAACAACCUGGAUGCAAAGAAUCGAGUCCCAUUCUGCGUAACCAAAAAACUGCAUUCGUACUCCCCAGCAGAUGUCCUUUACGCAGAGUACAUUUUGCACCGGCAUUGGUGAACAAACAAUCUGAGGCAGACUCCAAGAAUGUGUUUGCCUCCCCUCACAAGGAACUCACGAAAGAAAUGAUUCACGAAGUUUGGUAUUCCCAGAUGGAGAUCCUGACCUUUCAGAAACGAAUCAAGCUGACUCUUCUGUUGAAAGAAAGGUUUCCUACAUUGAAUGACAGCAAUUUCAAAGACAGCAUGUUGGGACUUGAUCGACACAAUCCCAAGCGUGCUUCUUACAAACGCGCCGCCACCAAAUUCACUUUGGAGGCACAACAAAAGUCGGACGAUCCCGACUUUUUGGCACUGGUGUCCCGACAAUGCUCCUCGUGGGCAAAGAGCAUCGCUAUUCACUCGGCAUUGAAAACAUGUUGUGAUGUCUACGAUUGUUCUAUGCCUCUGGCGAUAAAAUCCAUCAAGAAGGGCGGGUCUUAUUGCAAAGAGGUCAACAAUGAGACUACAACUGGAGGUAAGCGGCCACUACAAGGGGAGACUAUCGGGCCCGCAACCAAGAGGCAGCGCUGCGCACGAGCAUCAUGA